AUGAAGUGUGUGCCGAAGGGCUUGAUACGAAACCUGAGUCGAAGCAGUAUCUUUCUAGGGCCAGGCCCCAUCAAAAAUGUGGGCCAGCCAUCUGCGUCCCUUCGAUUCUACAACACACCACAAUUCGUUCCCCCAAAACCGAUGCGGUCCAGCAACGCCCUGAACGUGCUCGUCUACUCUGGCCCUGGAACAGGCAAAACACCUAUAGAUCAUACCCUACGAACUUUGAAGGAAAACUUGUCGUCUUCGUACGAUGUCAUGAUGGUAGAUGCCAAAACUUUGUUAACGGAACCUUGGGAAGGAUAUACUGCUCUUUUAGUGAUGCCAGGUGGUAGAGAUUUGCCAUUUGUCAAGGCUUUAAAUGGUGAUGGGACGACCAGAAUUAGACGAUAUGUAGAAUCUGGUGGUAAAUACAUAGGCAUUUGUGCUGGAUCGUAUUUUGCUAGUGAAAAAGUGGAAUUCGAGCUUGGAAGGAAGGAUUACCAGGUUGUAGGGGAACGAGACUUGAAAUUCUAUAAAGGAAUAGCACGAGGAUCGGUUUAUAGUGGCUUUGUUUAUGAUUCAGAGAUGGGUGCUAGAGCCGCUCGCGUCAAACUUGAUCCAUCGGUUCCCUUGUCAUCACCAACUACAGAGCCCAGUAUUGCCAUGUAUCAUAAUGGUGGACCGUAUUUUGUACUGGCUGAAGGCCCUGACGGGGUGGAUGUAGUCCCAGAAGAUACUCGAGUGCUAGCUUGGUAUGAUGAUAAAUCAGACAUAACUAGUUCCACACGACUACCAGCUAUUGUAUCUUGUAGUGUCGGACGUGGUCAAGCAGUAUUAUCAGGCCCACAUUUCGAAUAUAGUGCAUCGGCCAUGAAGUCGCAUCCAACAUAUUCAGACUCGACAUCAAAACUGGUACCACUACUAGACUCAUCCGACCAGUCUCGCAGAGAAUUGGUUCGAUAUAUAUUAGGUACCGAGCUAGGCCUUACUCUCAACGAGAUAAAACCAACAUCACCAGUAGAUGAUGACUUGUCUGCAGGUCCCACACUAUCUGAACUACACGUUUGUUUUGGACCAGGCAAGACCUGGAAGACUCAAACAUUCGAAAACACCAUCACGGAUGCCCUCAUUGGUGAAACAUCCAUGAAAGUCCUCGAAGAUGAUGUCAAUAUAUUCAAUGUAUAUAAAACAUCAGCUUCUGCACCACAAAAGGCUGAAGAACAAGAAGGAGCUAAAAUACCAUUGUACAUAUCUAUACAUAAUGCUGGAGACUACCCUGUACCUUCUGCUACUCCGCAAUUCAAUCUACCGAAAUAUUAUGACAUGCUGGCUAUCGCACGAGCUGAGGCUGAAAAGAAGGGUGUCGCGUUGGAAGAUGAGCUUUCGUUUGGAUCUACUGUCAUGUAUGGGGAAAUCGUUACCUCAACUCAAACUAUUCUCGACAAGAACUUCAAAUUCUCAAAGGAUUUGCCAAGCGGAUUUACUGCUAUAGCUUCUCAUCAAGUCGCUGGGCGAGGUCGAGGACGAAAUGCUUGGAUUUCGUCUAUGGGAUGCUUGCAAUUCUCAUUCAAAUUGCAGCAUCGUGAUGCGUCCUCCGUCAUAUUUGUACAAUAUCUGAUGGCUCUGGCUGCAGUAGAUGCAAUUCAAUCCAAACCUGGCUACGAAAAUCUCCCGAUUCAUUUGAAAUGGCCCAAUGAUAUCUAUGUACAGCUGAGACCCGGUCACGAUGGAUUGAAAAAGAUUGGCGGUGUACUAGUCAACUCUUCCUACCAAUCUGGAGUGUUUUCGCUGGUAGUAGGUUGUGGCAUCAAUAUCGCAAAUCCACGACCAACGACAUCAGUCAAUGAAGUCAUCCAAGUCCACAAUGCUACAAAGAGUCUUCGGUUUCCUGAAUUGAAUUUGGAAGAAGUCUUGGCUCAAGUCUUGACUACCUUCGAAUGCUAUUAUCGUGAAAUGGAAGAUGCUGUUAAGGAUAAGAAGAAGUGGAGAUUUGCAUUUGAGCCUUUCUUGCCUCGUUAUUACAAUGCUUGGCUUCACAGCCAAGUACGAGUCGUGCUGGAGGACCACAACAAUGUUCAAGCUACCAUCGUUGGUAUUGAUCCUUCUGGGUUGUUGAAAUGUGUAGGUGAAAACCAGGCCGAGUAUUUAUUACAACCUGAUGGCAAUUCAUUUGAUAUGAUGAAAGGAAUGAUUGCUCGCAAAAAGUAG